UUUUUUUUUGUGUUUGUCUCCUUUCUGAGUGGAGGGGAGGCAAGCGUAUAAGGCAGGGCCAGCUUUUGUGGAGUUUAGCGGCGGGGGAUCACAGCUUUGUCACUGUGUUUGUGUCGCUCACACACAUGCAGCACAUGUGCAGCCACCAGACCUCCUCUUCAUGCGGUACCACUGAGAUUAUGGUGGAUUUAGCCUGCUGGAGAUAUCUCCAUCUGGACUGUUCAGGGCUGGAGUCGGGGGGGCCUCGGUGAUGUGAUGUCCACUGGAUUAGACUGCAGAGUUCAAGUUUUCUGUACAGCAGCAGUGUUUGUUUGCUGAUGGUCAGUGAUGAUGGAUUGAGUGGUUGUUUGGAGAAAGAAAAACAAGGAAGCAAAAGAGAAAAGGAAGGACCAAGUGAGGGAUGAAAUGACUGAUGCUUGCCAAGAUAAAGAGUUUGAGAUAGAGAUGAAGGGGUUUGUUUAGGGCUGGAGAUAGAGGGAGAAAAGAAGAAGAAAAAAGAGAGAGACAGUGAAAGAGAGAGAGAGAGGGCAGUGGGAGGGAGGAGUGUCAGAGGAUCCAGCCCUCUGGGACAGCGAUGUGUGUUUUGGGGGUGGACAGAGUGGCUUUGUAUGCAGAACAUCACCGGACACCGACGGGAGGGAAGCUGUCAGUUGUUCUCUGUGUGUGUCUGUAGUGAAACCAGACCUACCUCUGAUCCCUGCACCACACACACUCCUCCAUCUGCUGCCCAGGAGGCUGCCUUCUGCUGCAUCUGGACUCAACCCCCUCUGAGAGUCUUUCAGAGUCUUGGAGAGCCCAUUCACUUUUCUUUCUUGGAGGUCAGGAGCGAUAGACUGUGAUGUGGAACUUGUGGGAUUAAACUUUCCGGAGGCUCAGCAGUGACAGCGAUGGAUCGGAGCCAGGAGACUGGAAGUUUAGGCUCUUAAAUGAAGGAUUGGAGGUUUUGCCGGCAACCAUCUUCACUUGGCCCCACUAUUUUUCCCUGUAUUUCUGCGUCUGGACACUGUCCGCAGCCUUGUGUAGUUACUUGAGUGUGUUAGCAGCCCAUGUGGGCAGUGAGUGAUGCGGAUCUGAGCAAAUUCUGCGCCCCGAUGCCCGCUGCUAUGCUCCCGUGUCCUUCGCCGGCCGGGUCUGACUGGAGCUUCCAGAACCCGGUGGGGGUGGACUGCAGCUCUCCAGAACCUCGCUGCAUCUGGCUGGCAGUGCUCCGUGGUGCCACGGCCCCUGUGCCCCCACCCACACUGCCAGCCAUGCCCACUGGGCACAGCCAGAGCUCCCAGAAGCCCAGGGGUAAGGGGCGGAGGGAUGGUCUCUCCUCAACCGGUGACAACCCUCGGCCGCCGAUGGCGACCCGGCCGGGAAGGGAGGGGGUCGGCGUGGGCUGGAAGUGUCCCCGGACGCUGGUUCUCCAUAAGAACUCCCAGGGUUUUGGUUUCACAUUACGCCACUUCAUCGUUUACCCUCCGGAAUCGGCCCUUCACACCAACCUCAAGGAUGAGGAGAACGGUAAUGGAAAAGGUAAGGGGUACCAGAAAGGUCGACUGGAACCGAUGGACACCAUAUUUGUCAAGAAUGUGAGAGAGAAGGGUCCGGCCCACCAGGCAGGCUUGUGCACAGGAGAUCGGCUGGUGAAGGUGAACGGGGAGAGUAUUUUAGGAAAGACGUACUCACAGGUGAUCGCCCUCAUUCAGAACAGUGAGAGUGUGUUGGAGCUCUCCAUUAUGCCCAAAGAUGAAGACGUGCUCCAGUUGGCUUAUUCCCAGGAUGCCUACCUGACAGGCAACGAACCCUACUCAGGGGGAGCAGAGAACCUCCCACCACCCCCACCCAUCUGUUACCAACGCACCAAAACCCAGCCCUCAGCCGGGGCCCCGUCGUCUGCCUCCAUGGGCCAGAACCAGCUGGAUAACUGGAGUCGCUGGCCCGGUUCCUCCAGCCCAUCUUCACCCCUGGACAACCGCUCUGCUGUGGGCAGCCCCGCCAGCUGGCAGGAGGGGCGGCCGGGAGAACCAGGAGGAGUGGGUCACAGCAGCCCGGCCCACCGCACAGAGGAGAUCCAGUACGGUAUGACUAGUCAGCAGCCUCAGGGUCAGACCAGGGGCCGCUCCUACUCGUCUUCGUCCUCAUCAGGAGGCCCGUUGUCGAGUCCGCUCCAAGUCCACUACCCCAACCACCACGCUGCCGGCUCAUCCCAGGCUCAGCCACGGAAGUCCAGCUCAGCAUGGACCAGCCCGCCCCUGCCCCAGCUCAGCCAUGCUCGCCCUGAGCGUUGCCAGCAGGCCCUGUCAGACUGGUACUACAGCCAGCUGCCUGACCGCUCGGGACGCAGUAUGCAGACCCGCCACCGCAGCUACUCUCAGGACCGUCUCAGCGACAUGAGGAGGCAGCAGCAGCGGUCCGGCGGAUGGCCACACAGCGCCUCCCAGGACACUCUGCUCUUACUGCAACAGUCAGGACCGGGGCCUCAAGGAGAUCCCUACUGGUCCUACGAGUACGAGGGGGAUCCAGGUAGGGGCCACCCUGCAUCCAACUACACCCGAACACGCUCCGAAAACCUACUAGCCCAGUAUGAUCGCCAUGGCCGCUCUUUAGAGAUGUUGGACCGAGAAGCAGCUGGACUGGUCUCGCCCCGGUUUGAGAGACCGUCAUGGCAUCAGCCUCCCCAACCACCCCCCAGACCCGACGCCUACCCACGACCAGCACCGGGGAGCCACUUCGGUGCAACACAGGCUCCACCAGUAUCUCGACACUCACAGUCUCACUCAAAACACCACACACCGACCCAGACCCACUCGCAGCCCCAGUCCCAGUCCCAGCCCCAGCAGGCGGCCCCCCAGAGCAGGCGGCUCCCUCCUGGGCAGAGCAUGGACGACCAGCCUGUCGGCUACCGCAGCUACAGCCCCUCAUUUUACCGUAAGACGGGUCGCAUCAUGCAGCAGGCCCACUCUUUCAGGGACCCCUCAUACACUGGCCCCCAUUUGAACUGGAACCUAACACCUAAAACGAGUCCCCCAGAGGCCAUCUCUGCAUCCAUUAAUGCUUCGUCGGCAUCCCCGCUUACAUCGACCACACCGGAAUCCCAGGACAGAGCAUACAGGCCGACAAACCACGAGAGAGAACGGGGAUCGACGGAGGCACAGACGGAAGUGGCGGCACAGACGCAGGAAGUCGUGCUAAGGCAGAAACCUCCCACAGGGCGGAGGAACGCCCACGGUAUGCGACAUCCCCACUACGCGCUGCCCAUGGACGGGCUAGAACCCUCAUUGUUUUCUCCAGAAUCCCAGGACUUGGCUCCGGUACCUUCUGCAGGAGAUGGAGCCCCACGCAAACCCAACGGCAGCCUUGCCCCCCUCCCGUUAGAGGACGACUCUCUGGCCUCCAUCCCCUUCAUAGAUGAACCGACCAGCCCCGGUGCUGAUUUGCGCGCCCGCCACGUGCCGGCGUCCUCCGUGGUGUCCAGCGGCAUGAGUUCUGCGCCCCCCGUGGUCACCAGCCCUGCCUCCCCCACCUUCACCUUCCCCCUCACUAGGCUCUUCUCACAAGAUUGCAGCAGUAUUAAAUCCAGUCGCCGUUCCUCCUAUCUUCUAGCCAUCACCACAGAGCGCUCCAAGUCAUGUGACGAAGGACUCAACACAUUUCGAGAAGAGGGCCGAGUCUUCUCGAGGCUUCCAAAGAGAGUGAAAAGUUUCUUCACAGAUGGAUCUCUGGACAACCUUGGGACGGCAGAGGAGGUUCGAUCGAAACGGCAUUCCACCUCCGAGCUGGGAAACAUCACCUACAGUGAUGUACGGCGAGAAGGAUGGCUGCACUUCAAACAAAUCCUCACAGAGAAGGGAAAGAAGGUUGGCAGCGGUAUGCGUCCCUGGAAGCGAGUUUUCUCCGUUCUUCGCUCCCACUCGUUGUUUCUCUACAAGGACAAGAGGGAGGCGGUGCUCCGCGGCGCGACCAUCGGUGGCGGGGCAGAGGAUGAGCAGCCAAUCAGCAUCCGGGGCUGCCUGGUGGACAUAGCGUACAGCGAGACCAAACGUAAACAUGCCCUGCGCCUGACCACCCAGGACUUCUGUGAAUACCUGCUGCAGGCGGAGGACCGGGAGGACAUGCUGGACUGGAUUAAAGUUAUCAGGGAGAACAGCAAGACAGACAACGAGGAGUUUAGCUUCUCCAGACAGGCCCUUAUCAACAAGAAACUGAAUGAUUACAGAAAACAGAGUCCAACAGGCAGCAAACCCGACUCAUCUCCCAGAAUGCCCCGCAUGAAACCUCCCUUCCUACUCGCCAAAACGGAAAAUGCAGCCGGGGCGCCACGUUCCCCGAAACCAGAGGGCAAAGAUGAGAGCAGUCCUCCUAAAUCUCCAUGGGGCAUCAACAUCAUAAAGAAAACAAAGAAGGCUGGACCUAAAGCGUUUGGUGUAAGGUUGGAGGAGUGUCAACCAGGUGCUAAUAACAAGUUCAUCCCCAUGAUCGUGGAGAUCUGCUGUGGUCUGGUGGAGGAGAUGGGUCUGGAGUACACGGGGAUCUACAGGGUCCCAGGAAACAAUGCCAUGGUGUCGAUGCUCCAGGACCAGCUCAACAAGGGUGUCGACAUCAACCCUACGGAGGAGAAGUGGCAGGACCUUAACGUAGUUAGCAGUUUACUCAAAUCGUUCUUCAGGAAACUUCCAGAGCCGCUUUUUACAAACGAUAAGUACAACGAUUUCAUCGACGCCAAUCGGAUGGAAAAUGCCUCUGACAGGCUCAAGACCAUGAAGAAACUGAUCCGAGACCUUCCAGAUCAUUAUUAUCACACUCUAAAGUUCCUGGUUGGUCACUUGAAGACUGUAGCUGACCACUCAGACAAGAAUAAGAUGGAGCCCCGGAACCUGGCUCUGGUGUUUGGACCGACUCUGGUUCGGACGUCUGAGGACAACAUGAAAGACAUGGUCACACACAUGCCGGACCGCUAUAAGAUCGUAGAAACCCUCAUCCAACAUUGCACCUGGUUUUUUAAUGAAGAGCUCGACAAGGAUGAAAAGACACCGGUGGACACGGAGGACGUUCAGCCGGCCCCCAACAUCGACCACCUGCUGUCCAACAUCGGCAGGACCGCCCUGCUGGGGGAGGCCUCAGACUCAACCAACAGUGAUUCAGCGAAAUCGAAGGGGUCAUGGGGGUCCAAGAAGGACCUCACAGCAAAGGACUUCCUGACUCUGUCCAUCAUGUCAGCUGUCACGGGCCGCAAACGCAGGAAGCGCCACAACGCCCGCCGUGUGGGCAGCAGCACCGACGACGACUCGGAGCAUGAGCCAAUCAAAGCUGGACAUCUUGGGGCGGAGGAGGAAGAGGACGCAGAGUCGCCGACAGGAGACGCUGCUCCUCGCGCAGAGGGAGAGCAGGACGAUGAUGACGAAGAGGAGGAGGAAGAGGAGGAGGAAGAGGAAGAUGAGGAAGUUGUAGAAAGCGGAGAGAAAGAGGAGGUCGAAAAGGAGGUGGCGGUUAUUCCCAGUCGGCCGUGCUGUAAAGAGGAAGAGGAGGCUGAAGGAAGGCAGGGAGUGGAGGUGAAGCGAGCUCCGGAGGACGCGCGCUCCAUCGUGUCGGGAUACUCCACACUCUCCACACUGGGGCGGAGCUUAGGGUCAGAGGGGAGGGGCGACGAUGCAGAUGACGAGCACAGCGAGCUGGUGAGUGAGACGGACAAUGAGAGCGGCUUCGCUUCUCGCUCUCUGACGCAGGAGAGGCCGAAUAAACACCCACCUGCCCAACAGCCAGCACCCCCACGCAGCUUCCUCUACACCCACUACAAACCCCCCGUGCUCUCACCCACAAACCUUCUAGCCCCGCCCACUCCCCUUACACCAGACUCUGCGGAGAGGAACGAAGGAGGAGCGCGGUCCACCACGCCUUCAUCGUCCUCCUUCUCGUCCUCCUCCACCACCCACAAACUCCACUCGCGGCCUUCAUUCAACUCCCACAAGCUGAUCCAGUGUGACACCCUGGCGAGAAAGAAGCUGAAGGGGGAGAAGGCGAAGGCGCGCUCUCUGGACCUGCUGGAGCUGGGUCAGGGUGACGGAGGUGGACCGGGGUCAGAGGGCAGAGGGAGGAAAGACACCUCCAGGACCAACCCCUCCUCGGGGAGCAGCCAGGAGAGCCUGCGUCCAGUCCGACCCAAACCUGCCCUGCCCCCCGGUGGUGGCGGUGGUGGUGAGGCCGCCUCCUUCAGCCCAACGGGUCCAGGAGGGAACACCAGGUCUCUGGCAGACCACGUCAGAGCUCGACUGCUGGGCUCGGCUGACGACCUGCGCAGCGUUGGACUGCGAAAACCGCUUUCACCCGAGACGCGUAGGAAGAGACGGGCGUGGCGAAGACACACCGUGGUGGCCUCCCCAACUGAGAGCUCAGACAAGAGACCCCCACUGACUGUCAGCGAAUUCCCCCUGUCUCCUGUUUCUUCAAACCAGGUCAAAGCACCACGGCUGCCUCAGGACGCAGACGACCAAGGACUGGCUGCACGCCAAACACCCGCCUCUAGAUUCCACGAGUACCUGUGACCUCGCCGUCUGACCCCAACCCCACCGAUCCUGAAGGGGGUCCGGGCUGCAGCGCUGACUCCCUGCAGGUCGGGCUGUGGUUCACUGUCAGAUGCGUCACAGUGGGAGAUCUGAAGUGGGGUUGUAUGUGAAUCAGUCAGUGUAUUACAGUGUAAGUGCAGUAGUUUGCACAUCCAGAUCCAGACACUAGAACCUGACACUAAAUAAAGUACUGUGACAGAUCAGCAGCAAUUUAAGCAUCACUUUAAGUUGAGGCUAAUUCGGAAUAAUUUCACCGCUUCACUUUGCUGUCAAACAGCGCUUUCCAACUGUGAACUGAACUCCUCAAAGCAAUGAGACUCCUCGACAUUAACAGUAAUUGUACCUCACAGAACACAUGAGUUUGCUGGUUUCCUGCUGCCUCGAUAUUCACUUCAAUGAGCAAUAAAUCACAUCUCAAAUUAUUUUGGCUGGAUGACAGUUAACCAUAUACAUCUCAAUAUUUUAAAACCCCAGAAAUUGUCAGAAAAACUCAAAUGUGUAGCUGCAGUAUCAGUAUCAGAAAUACUGUGUUUUCAGUGACACAUUGCAAGUUAAGAAAAUAAUGCAUUAAACAAAAACAUGAUUGGCUUAAAUGUUCUGAAAAUGUUCCUGAAGUUACAUAAAUAUGUCAUCUACAGCUUCUAUAAUAUGGUCACGUACCAAACUGCAUGUAGAACAAAUAUGGGAUGUUGUUAGGAUCUAAAUUAACAUCUGAUCGAAGCAGUAGUAAACCUGAAACCACUGACUCUGGAUCAGUACUUCAUACAACCCCACUUCAAAACAUCCAAUCAAAACCAUUAACCUGUCUUUGGAGCAGCCCCCCCCACACACUCUACCUUUCUUUAUAUUUUUUAUAAGCUCCAUUUGCAUGUCAAGGGGCAUUCCAGUGUUGCCAAAGCGUUUUUUUUUCCCCGUAUGAGUGCUUUUAUAGAGAUAACACAGAAACAAGAGACACAACCAGACCUCAUCACAAUCGACGUUACAGCCAAGAAUUCUUCCUUUCUUCUUCUCCCUGCCGUCUGGCUCACACACCACGUUAAUCUGAGGCUUUUAUCCCAUCAAGUGACCACAGAGAGAUGCUAAAAACACAUCUCUCACCUGGUUCUUGACAGAAUGGUGCUUCUUAUCAAAGUGGAUUUCGGCACGUCAUUUCGCAAAAUCUCUCCUUUAAUGAGCCAGAAAAGAGAAAACAGACACUCAGCCUCACAACCAGUUUUAAAAAAAUAAUCGAAACCAUUGAAACCAUUUCAAGAGGGAACUCCACUUUCAGGCCAGAGCUGGUCAGUCUUCCUAAUCUGUUACUCCUCAGACCACCGACACUGUAACAGUCAUUUAUACUCAACUCAGCAGAUCCUAAAGUACAGAUGUCUCGACUUGUUAAUAAUGUUUAUGUGUGUUUUCGCGACAAUAUUUGUGUCUAAUUGUGCAGGUGUCGAAAACCUUUUUUGUAACAUUUGUACAAAGCCUUGUUAAGUUAACCUUGUAAAUAUAAUUAUUAUGUUAUCAUAUUUGUUUUUACUUUUUUUAGUUCUUUUUUUAUGGUUUACAAAAGUGCGUACAAGUGCACAGUCGUUUCUUUCAAGAUGUUACUUGAAAUGUUUCCUUUAAUAUAUUCUUUUUGUUUUAUAUUCAAUAUAUAUAUAAAUAUUAUAUAUAUAUAUUUUGUAUUAAAGUAAAAAAAAAAAAGUACUAUUAUUGUGAUGUCACCUCUUGGGUGUACCUGUUCCAAGGAGACACGAUAAAACACGAUAAAACCUGAUCCUUAUUUCCUCAUAGAUGGCCUUUUCUCUCGGAUUCUCAGCACUGUGCAGAAAACCUUUAUCUUAUAGGUGAGUGUAUCCGGUGACUAUACUCUAAGAUGUACACAAAACUCUGUAGUUAUCACAUGUAGCAAGAAACUAAGUGUAAUCAGGUAAUUAUUGGAGUGUAUUAUUAGGAUGUUUGCAGGCAGCUCAGCCCACAGUGAGACGUCUGGCCUCGUCGUUUGUCUUUUUCCUCACGUCUCCUCAUAUUUACCAAGCAGAGGAAAGUACUUGGAUAGGAGACAGACGAGAAGCCUGGCAGCGCUUUUGGAGAAUGUCUAAAUAUUGUUUCGGUGCGUCCACUACAACAAAACAGCCGCAUUUUCACUCCUUUCUGUUGUCAGCUACAUGUUUUCACCCCAUCCCCUCUGAGGGUUGUAUCUGUCGGCGCAUUUAUUACCUUAGGGGGUUACAUGAUGAGGAGUUUUCCAUAAGGUCAGGCUCUUAGAAAAAUAAAUACAAAAAAAAAAAAAAAUCCUCCUUGACUGCAAAAAAUGGUACAUUGGAGGGAGUGAAUACAAAAUGCUGUUGUCUUGACUGUGGAACUGAAUCACCAUGACCGUAAUAAUAAUAAUGAUAAUAAUAUUAAAUAAGUUAUAGUCUUGUCUUACCUCAAGAGUUUUUCUACAAGUGCCUGAUUUCUGGAAUGUGUUUUUGUCCUGCAGUGCCAUGGUCACUACUACUCCUUCUUCUUCUUUUUCCUCUUUCUUUUCACUGUUUCUGGUCAUCCUCACCCCUCUCUACUCUCCUGUGGUUGAUGGUAAACGUAGGCACUGACCCAAAGAUGUGUACAUUAUAAAUACAAGCGGCUGUAAAAAAAAAAAAAAAAAAGAAAAAGAAAAAGCACACUUCAAGCCAAGGACACGUCUAUGCACUCUCUUUGCCUCUAACACAGGCAUUAACAGCUAUUACCCAUGCUGCUAAGAGGGAAGAGGCAUAGUAUUCUCUCAGCUGCUUUUCUUAUAAAAACAGAGGUCAUCUCUCUCUUGCCUAGUGAUCCACAGUGUGUGAAUAUGGUACACCUACUUAACAACCCCUACUCUGGAACAGCAUUAGUCAGACAACACUCCUGAACCAUUCAUUGAAAAAAAAAAC